UUUGAUUUCUCAAUUUACCUUUAUGAUAACUUUUGUCUCAAUAACUGUCGUAGUGGGCCCGGCAAGAGGGAAUCGAAAUAGGAUGAAAAUUGUAAUGAUAAAAUAUUUUUUCUCAUAAUUACCUUCCUAAAAAAAAUAUCCUACAAAUGCCAUCUUUAUAAAUAAAUUUUAAUCUUAAGUGUGCGUAUGCGUAAUUUUUUAUACAAAUAUUGGAUAAAACAUCUAAGGGACUUAUAUAAAAGUGAGCUAAUCCAAAUCUAAUAUUUCAUACAAAAAAAAAUAUGAAGUUUUUUUAUCUUAUACCUCUUAUUUUGACGGUAGCGCUUGGCUACAAUUUGGUUGAAUAUGGAGAAGUUAUGCAAAAACAGAUAUUAAAAGAAGAAAUUGUGAAGCUGUUCAAGGAUGUUAUUCAGAAACUUGCUCUUGUUCAAAGUGAAAUCGGACUUUCCAAUGAUUUAGCUGCCAAUUUGAAUGACUACUUGGAUCAAUUACUGCCUGGAAUUAAUCAAGCUAUUUCGAAAGCUGGAUAUGAUCCAAAAUCGCUUCCGGAUCAGUCUGUUUCAAUUGUUAUUGGAAAAUCAACGCUGAAAGAAGGCACACUUUCAAAAUUAGCUACCAUAGAAAGAUACCAAAAUGUAACCGUUUCAUAUGAUAGUGACGCUAGAAAGGUAGCAAUGGAUUUUAUUUUAAGAUGGGAAGAUUUGCAGAUCAUUUACAAGUACCACACCAAGGUGGCAUUUGUUAGUAUCACUGGACAUGUUACCGCAGAUGUAGAACACAUGAAAAUUCAUCUCAAAUUAGGGUUUGACUACAACACCAAUCACAUCACCGUCGAUUCGCUGGAUUUCAAACACACUGGAGAUAUUUCCCUUAAAUUUUCUGGGCACAAAAUAGUCGACUACAUAACCAAUGCUAUGACAACAGUAUUUACCACUCUGUUCCACAGCCUGGUACUUUCAGAAGUCAAGAAAAUCACAAUGGAUCCGGUGCAAGACUUAGUGAACACCUUCAAUAAUAUGAUUGAUCAAGUAUUACAUAAAUGAAAGCGAUAAAAUUAGUAUUUUUGUCUGAGCUUAGAAAUACAAAAGAUUGUUUUAA